AUGUCGUCUACUCAGUCUCUAGAUCUUACUGCUGGUGUCCUUGGAACGCAGGUGCCGCAAGAAAGUCCUUCUAUUAAAUGGAAGGAUGGCCAUAAGACCAUACUACCGGCCAUCUACGAUGAAAAGAAGCAAAAUAUCUGCGACAAAGUCGACAUACCCUUCAUUCAAUACAUGGCGCGAUUACCAACCUCGCAACGUAGUUCUACACACGUGAUCCACCUUGAAUAUGGUGCGCAGACCAUCAGGGAUAUCUCAGAAAUCGUCGAAGAAGCUCUAUCUCUCAACAAAUCCGUUAAGAUCAGUGGAGUACCCCACAACGCACCUAAAAAAGAAUUGAGCAGUACAUACCUGGAUGUAACAUUUGGGAUCUCUCCGUUUCGUCCAGUCUAUGCACAUGACGUUAGGAGUCGAUACAACGACCACCUCCACCCACAUAUUAGUUCAACAAUCGGCGGAGUUCUGCAAUCGAUAAACGAUCCUGCUCAUAUACAAUGCAUUCUGGACAUACCGCUGUCGCACAUCAGCAUGCCGGAUGAAUUCAGGCUUCUUGAUCAUGGCCUCGUCUACGGUUGGAAUUCAACGUUAGGCACCUUGCCCAUACACAGCAAGGUUCACCCAGAAAACUUUACUACGAAGGGAUGGGGACUACUGCAUCAUGCGGGCUUUGUGUCGUAUCCUCAUCACGAUGCCGAAGGAACCUUGACCUGGGUGAGGAUGGAGGCUGGGAUAAAGUUUUGGGCCGUUUUCUGGUUGAAGAGUGGCACAAGCAACCGCAUAAACCUUCAAGACCUUUCUGUCAAGCUCGCUGAUUAUACGACCCAUCGUAAAUGGAUCGAAAGCAACUGCGAUGGAUGUGUUGUCACCUUGAGACCAGGGGACAUGCUGAUCCUUCCACCUGGUACAAUACAUGCGGUAUAUACGCCAAUCGCCUCCUUUUCCACAGGAGGACAUUUUUACAAUUACUCCUGCAUGCACCUCACGGAGCUUUCGAGAUAUAUUGACUCAGAAGUUGGAUAUACCGCAACUAAUCAGGGAAUGGAUCAUGCAUUGGAGACAUUGCGCCGUAUGGUCAUCGCCAUUCCAUUUCUGUCAUCUAGGAUACAACUGUAUGAAAGAGCAAUACUCAGUCUUUGUGUUAUGGCAACCAAGCCUCAACAGUAUCGUGCAAUGGGAAGUAGUUCAAUGUCUGUUGAGGAUACUGAGACCGCAGAGCCAUGCGAAGAUAUCUCUCUCAUCCUUAUGCAGUACUUUGGGAUAACGAAGCGAAAGCGUUCAGGGGAUGUAUUAUACGUUGGUGAUCAGUUCAAACCGGGCAAGAAGAUAGAUCGGAUUUCGAUGUUGGAGGCAUUGAAAGAGGUGUUGAAUAUUUAA